AUGUUCAAACAAACAUUUAAAGUAAAUAUUAUACCGACCCAACCAUUUGAAGGUCAAAAACCAGGUACAUCUGGUUUAAGAAAAAAAGUAACUGAAGUAAUGAAGACAAAUUACCUUGGUAACUUUGUUCAAUCAAUUUUCAAUGCUUUACCAGAAGAUAAAUUAAAAGGAUCAACUAUUGUUGUUGGUGGUGAUGGUCGUUACUACAAUAAUGAUGCUAUUCAAUUAAUUUUUCAAAUUGCAGCAGCCAAUGGAGUUGGAAAGAUUUUAGUAGGAAGAUAUGGUUUACUUUCAACACCAGCAAUCUCUGCAAUCGUUCGUGCUCGUUCAGCAUUGGGUGCAAUCAUUUUAACAGCAUCACAUAAUCCAGGUGGUCCAAAUGGUGAUUUUGGUAUUAAAUAUAAUAUGUCCAAUGGUGGUCCAGCUCCAGAAUCAAUCACCAAUGCAAUCUAUAAACAUACCACAUCAAUCACACAAAUUAAGACUACUAGAAAUGUAAGUGUCGACAAUUUGGGUUUGCUUAAAACUUAUGAAUGGAAUGAUGGUGAAUUCGUUAUAGAGGUUAUUGAUAGUGCAGAUGACUAUGUUUCCCUAUUGAAAACCAUCUUUGACUUUGAUGGAAUUAGAAAGUUUGUAAAGAAUCAUCCAAAUUUCACAUUCAAUUUCGAUGCAAUGAGUGGCGUCACUGGUGCCUAUGGCAAAAGAAUUUUCACAGAUGAGUUAGGUAUCCCAGAGAGUUGUCUCAUCAAUUGUAAUCCAUCCCAGGACUUCAAUGGUGGUCAUCCAGAUCCAAAUUUAACCUAUGCACCACUUUUGGUAAAGAAAAUGAAUAAUGGCGAAUUUGAUAUGGGUUGUGCUUCUGAUGGUGAUGGUGAUAGAAAUAUGAUCCUUGGUAAACGUUUCUUCCUUAAUCCAUCCGAUUCCGUUGCAGUUAUAGCUUCAAAUUACAAAGCAAUCCCAUAUUUCAAUAAGGGUGGAUUAAAAGGUUUAGCUCGUUCAAUGCCAACAAGUGCAGCUUUGGAAAGAGUUGCCACUGAUUUAAAGGUUCCAUUCUUUGAAGUACCAACAGGUUGGAAAUUCUUUGGUAACCUUAUGGAUGCUGGUACCCUCUCAAUUUGUGGUGAGGAAUCAUUUGGUACUGGUUCUGAUCAUAUUCGUGAAAAAGAUGGUAUUUGGGCUAUCAUUUGUUGGUUACAAAUUUUAACUCAUCAUAAUCAAUCAACCAAUGAUAAGAACUUUGUUUCCAUUGAAGAGAUUGUCAAACAACAUUGGGCAAAAUAUGGUAGAAACUAUUAUUCUCGUUACGAUUAUGAAGAAAUUGACACUGCUCCAGCCGAAGCAAUGAUGAAACAUGUUUCUCAACAAAUUGAAUCCAAACAAUUGAUUGGUAAGAAAUUCACUGGUAUCUCUGAUUCUUUGGAAUAUGAAAUUGCAUCUUGUGAUGAUUUUGAAUAUAAAGAUCCAAUUGAUAGUUCAGUUUCCUCUCAUCAAGGUCUUCGUAUCAUUUUCACUGAUGGCUCAAGAAUUAUCUAUCGUUUAAGUGGUACUGGUUCAACUGGUGCCACAGUUCGUGUUUAUUUCGAUAAAUAUGAAACUCAACCUACUCAAUUAAAUAAUGAUGUUCAAACUCAUCUUAAAUCUUUAAUUCAUAUUGCACUUGUUGAAAUUUCAAAAUUAAAUCAUUAUACUGGUAGAAAUGAACCCAAUGUAAUUACAUAA